AGAAAGAAACAGAAACAAACGCAGAAAACACGCACACAAACACACAGCUCGAUAAGGCAAAUAAUAAAACCAAGAAAAUACCAGCGCUCACAGCACAGUAUCUCUUCAUUUCUUCUCAGAUCGGACCAAAAUUUCUGUGAUGGGAAUUGAAGUUACUGAUAUAUGCAUGGACAAGGAACGAGAUUGUGUCAUAGUUUAUUCAAAUGGUGUCUCCCAUGAUUCAGAUCAUGAAACUCAUCCUAAUCGUCAUGAUAUUCUAGAGUCAUAUGAGCCUAUCAAUGGGGUUACUGAGCUUCAGAGCUCAGAUGAAAGUCCUGAAGCAAAAGAAUAUGAAGUGAAGGAAUGCACAACUGAAAUCCCUGUUGAGACCACUGAAGUUCCCCGUGCUGACAAAAGUAAGGAGGACCCAAAUUUAGUAAGCUCAAAAUUUGAGGCUGGCUUGCAAGAGGAGAAGGUCAAAUCAGAAAAAGAGAAAAAGGAUGUUGACAAGUCUCGAACAAGUGUGCAGCUAGUGUCAAAAGCUGCUCCUUCUGGAGUUGUUAGAACAAAACACACUGUUCCUCAACCAUUUGCUCUAGCAACUGAAAAGCGUGCUUCAUCAGGAAAUCGUCCUACUGGACCGGGUCUUGAUGCCACUGCUGGUGUGAAUAAAUCAUCUAGUGCAAACAAUGUGCUCCAUCCAAACACCACAAAGCAGAAUCAGCUGCAGCCACUUGGAGUAUCAAGAAGGCCUUUGCAACCCACUAACAAGAAGCAUCCUGAUGAGGAGGAUGCUUGUUCUGUCACUUCCAUAACUACAGCGUCUGCUCGUAAGUCCAGGGCAACUGUUGCAUCAGCUCCAGUAUUUAGAUGCAGUGAACGUGCUGAGAAACGGAAGGAGUUUUACUCAAAGUUAGAGGAGAAACAUCAAGCACUGGAGGCUGAGAAAACCCAAAGUGAAGCAAGGACCAAGGAAGAGAAGGAGGCGGCUAUCAAGCAACUGAGGAAAAGCUUGUUGUUUAAGGCUAAUCCAAUGCCAAGUUUCUACCAUGAGGGACCACCACCUAAGAUUGAACUGAAAAAGCUUCCACCAACUCGUGCAAGAUCUCCAAAGCUGGGCAGAAGGAAGAGCUGCAGUGAUACAGUAGAUCCAUCUCUGGCGGAGAGGGUCAAAGGAGCUUGUGGUCAGGGAAUUCGUCAGAGCCUGGGUGUUUGCAAAGAAGAAACCAACACCACUAUUUCUACCAACAAAAAGGAUCAUCACAGCAUCGUCAAUGGUCAUGCUAUUUGCAAAGUUGAAGAUGAGCAUGACCAAGUGGAGGAGGUACUCAACUCCUUUCUACCAGAGGUAAAUGAACAGAGUAAUGCAGGCAUUGUCGUUCAUUAUUAACUUAUUGUGUUGAGUUCUUAAUUUAUAAGAGUCAAAAGGGUCUGGAUUCCCUUUGCUUUUUGUGACUUAUGUGAAGAAUGUGCGUCUUGUUCCCUUUAACAUGCAAGGACAUGUUGCUGUGUUUGAGUAAUGUAUGAACUGUAAAUUUUCUGUAAGUUAUAAUAUCUAUAUAAAGAAUCCCCAUUUUUCUGUAA